CUUACGAUAGCCUUCCGCCCGACGACCUAGUGCCCGUAGCGCUCUUGCAUUUUGAGGAAUUGCAGACACAGUACACACAACUGAGCGUCGGCAUUAGACGUUUCCGUCUUUUUGGCCUUCGGAAGACGCCAGAGACGUAUUUUUUCCCCUCUGUGAAAAUACCCCGUCUCUCAAAGGCGUUUGAAAUCGGACACCGCUGGCAGUGAGGCCCUCACUUUUUGUGCGGAGGGAUACGUUGUUGCGUCUGACAAUGUGGACGGAGGUGGUGAAGAUGUCUACGAGAAGAAUGAAAUCAUCUCAGUUGUAACAACAACAAAAAAAAAAGGAAGACGCGAGAUUAGUUACUAUAAUAGAUUUGUUUGCACUCAAGACUUUGAAACAUUGUAGCAAACACGUGGGCGCCGCGUGAAAAGCAGGUUUUUUUUACCGGGACAAAAGGAAGACAUCUACGCUGCUCCAAUGCGUUUCAUGCACUGAGGUCGAAAUUCUCUUGAAGUUUUAUGUUUUUCCCCUCGCGAGUCUCCGCUUUUCUUUUUACUGUUGGAUAUCAGACACUUGGAGAGGAGAGGGUUUAUUAGAGACUGAAGGGUAUGAACGAACAGCAGCAAAGAAUGGCUGCAGUGGGAACUGACAAGGAACUCAACGACCUCCUGGAUUUCAGUGCGAUGUUCGCGCCUCCAGUAGCCAAUGGGAAGAACAGGACAAUGACACUCGCCAGCAGUCAGUUUGGGGGAUCAGCAAUAGACGAGCGCAGCGGCUCUGGGUCUUGGGGCUCAGCAGAACAGAACAGCCCCUCUUUCAGCCAAGGACGGGGCUAUGGAGAAGGAUCCCACUACAAUGAGCAUGAAGGCUUGUCCUCUCCGUUUAUCAGUGCAGGGGUUGCAGGUAAAAAUGAGAGGCCACCAUACCCUCCCUUUGUAAGCCAGCCUGGUUUUCUUCCUAGCGACAUAGCGAUGCCCAGCCCAGAUGCCAUGUCCCCCUCUGGCCUUAAAUCUGGCUCCCAGUUUUACCCGUCAUACCCAAACAACCCAAGGAGAAGGCCGCCUGAUGGAGGCAUAGAAACACAGCCAAAGAAGAUUCGGAAACCCCCUGGCCUGCCGUCCUCGGUGUAUGCUUCCACAUCUGGUGAUGAGUAUGUAAGAGACAACGGAGGAUAUCCUGGUGCUAAGCCUGGAGCUGUCUACCCUUUCUAUAUGCAAGAAGACCCCUGGUCGUCCUCUGGCUACUCUGCCAUGCUGGGUAACUCUCCUCACAUUGGACAGCCGGGCUCCUUCUCUGCAAUUAACCCACAGGACAGGAUGAAGCGUCAACCCCUGCCUCUGUCCCCACAGAACUAUCCUCUGCACGGCAGCGAAGUCAAUGGCUUCCACUCCGCCCCCACCACCUACAACCACACUCCCGCCAUCAACGGAGAAAACAUCAUGGCCAACCGAGGCACCACAGCUGGCAGUUCAGGAGAUGAAAUUGGGAAGGCACUUGCCUCGAUUUACCCGUCAGACCACAAUAGUAAUAACUUCCCCUCCGCUCCAUCUACUCCUGGAUCUCCUCAGGCUAUUGCAGGAGCACAGUCUCAGUGGCAAAGACCAACCACACCCAACUAUGAAGGGCAACCACACGCACUGAGUAAAAUGGAGGACCGUUUGGAGGAGGCCAUCCAUGUACUGCGUAGCCACGCUGUGGGUCAGGGUCUCGAGGGCGCCCCCGACAUUCACAGCUUGCUGUCCGCCGUGCACAAUGGGGGCCUUGGGGGCCUCUCUCCAGCGUUCCCAAAUGCAAGCCUUGCCCUCAGCAACAGACAUCCUGCAAUGCAGGGAGGGAAACACGAGGAGCCCACAGGCCUUCCCCCCAGCAGCACUCUUCUGCACGGCCAUCACGCAUCCGGACCCACACCACCAGUUGGCCAACCGGAGGGCUUCACCAGUCUCCCUGGUUUGGCCCGCUCCACGCACUCCUCUAGCGGCUCAGACAUCAAAAGAGAAGAUAAAGAGGACGACGACAACUCAUCUGUUGGAGACAAAUCGGACGACGAAAAGAAGGACUCCAAGGCAGCACACCUUCGACGAAAGGAGGCGUUGACCCUCCAGAUGCUCGCUAGCCUUUCAGACCAGAAGGAUGAUAGUCUAGAUGAGGAGGAAGAUGACGAGGACCUUCCCCCUGAGGUGAAGCUGGAACGCGAGAAGGAGCGGCGAGUGGCUAACAAUGCCCGCGAGCGCCUCAGAGUACGGGACAUCAACGAGGCAUUUAAGGAGCUGGGGAGGAUGUGCCAGCUGCACCUAAGCCAUGACAAACCUCAGACCAAACUCCUCAUCCUGCACCAAGCUGUCAACGUCAUCCUCAAUUUAGAACAGCAAGUCAGAGAGCGUAACCUUAACCCCAAGGCAGCGUGUUUAAAACGCCGUGAGGAGGAGAAGGUGUCUGGGGUGGUGGGUGAAGCGCCCAUGCAGCUCUCAGGAGGCCAUCCUAGUAUGGGAGGAGAAGGCCACAACCCAGCUGGCCACAUGUAACACCAGGUCUGGUGGUGUUUCCUUGGCUGUCAGAGGAUGUGGCCUUAACAGAUUUCUUCCACCCAUUAUUCUCCUGUGUGUGUGUGUGUGUGUAUAUGUGGACAUGUCUGUGUAUUGUCCGUUCAAGUUUCAAGAUGCACAUUCACACACUCGUACACACACAUGCAUACUGCCAAAACUGACACAGCCUGUUUGUCGCACUCCCAACCAUGACUACAAGCUCAAAUGUGAAGAACUUUUUUUUUAGUUUUGCUUUGUUUUAUACAUGUUAAAAAAAAAAAAAAAAAAAAAUCUUCUUGGUUUCCACUAGACGAUGGAACACCGGAGUACUUUUUUCUUUUUCUUUUUGUCCUGCCACAAAUUGGGACGUGACAACACUGCCGAGAGGUGCUUCUUGUGAAAGAAAGGAGACCUAAACAAACACAAAUUGAAUCGAGGAUUUGUGCCUAAUUGUUACAUGUUUUCUAUUUGACAUUCAAGCAAAUUGCUUUACAUGUGAGGAACAUUUAUUGUGAGGGAUUGCUUAUGUGUAUGAGCAGUUACUUUUAAUGUAUGUCAUUCCCAGCGUGAUGGUACAGUCUUACAUAUGUUAUGUAACCAAGCCCAUAGUUGAAGUUGAAUUGUCUAAAUUCAGUGACUUUUCCCCCCCCCCUCCGAUCUUAUCAGCAAAUGUUUAGCGAAGGCGGCAGAAAGGUCACAGCGGAAAGGUCAAAAGUCUUGGCAGUUUAAAAGCAGCUCAUGAAAAGGUGUGAACUCUGACCUAGAGGCAGUCUCUGACUCGAGCCCGGUCUCAUCCCACAAUGCAUCUGGAGACUCGGCGUAGAAGACUCCUUCCUUUUGAAGGUUAUGAAUUAUCCAAGUGGUAGAUUGCAGUCAACUACAACCCCGUUCUUCCUAUUUGUUGACCAUAAAUUCUAGUGUUACUCCAGUACUCCCUUGUCGUAUGUUCAGGUUUUUGUACUGCUUUAUGUACUAAAGCAUACUUAGACGAGACAAGCACAGUUGUGUAGGUUUAGGCUGCAAGUUAAGUGUCGACCCGUUGUGCAUUUCAGUCCCCGAAAGUCAUGUGUUAAAGCCAUUGGAGACACUCGCUAAGCGAUCAGCACCACUUAGUGCUCGUACUUACCUAAAAUGGUUUACUGACAAUGCCAGCAGACUUAACAGCUCAAUUUUCUUUCCCCUUAAAUGAUGUUCUGUAAAAGACAACAACAAAAAAAUCUGGGUUCCUUUUUUGAAGAAGGGAUCUCAUCAGUCCGCAUUUGUUUGAAGCAGACGAGCCUUCGUGUAACGGAGGCUUUCUUUUCCUAAAAUGAGCAUUCCCACUGAUUUACAGCCCAUCACCUUCCUCUCGAGUACGCUUGUUCUCACGUUUCUUACCGAGAAGUGUGAAUUCACUUCAUACAUUACUCUGAUAUGUUUCAUUUUUCAAAAAUUAAAUAUAUAUAAAAAAAAUAUAUAUUUUUCGUUAGUCUAUACAUUGUAGAUUUUUUACAUAAAUGGCAAUAUUAGUUUGAAGUUUAGAGUGUAUUGUAGAUGAGCUGAAAAAGGGGGGAUAUUUGACAUUUAAAUGAAAUAAUUCAGAAUUGAACUGGGAUGGCAGAGGAAAACGGUAAAGGGAUGAUAAAUUAAAAAGCGUUUGGUGUAUCCUUUAUUCCAGUUUUAGUUGUAAAGCGCAUCAUCGGCUACCCAGAUGAAUUUUUUUUCUUUUCAUUUGGGGAUAUGUGGGCAGAGUUUGUGCCACGGUCCUGUUGAAGUUUUUUCUUACUUUCGCAGCGAGGCACUGAGGAAAAAUGUGGGAAGAUUUUUGUCUAACAGUAAUUAUGCAACUGGUUUUUGAAUGUAGCUACCAUACAAAUGUGGAUCACCUUCAUUUUCAAAGUCGUGUUCCUGGGUUUUUGUCAGUACCCUAUACUAGUUUUCAUUUUAAUUUUCUUUUUUUUUUCUCUCUAAUGUUUGCCCUCAACCAAGUGGCUCUCAGUGUGCAGCUCACUAUUUAGUAGCCUGCACAUUUAUUUUGGAGGCAGACGUCCGUAUUUGGGUGUAAUGGAUAAUAUGGAGAACAAAACAGUGUUAUUGUGACGUUAUUCCCAUGUCAUGUCAUGAAUGGUUUUUACCAACAUGUGAUCGCAAAUGGGAGGUAGAGCAUUUUGUGUGUUUUUUAAUUUCUACAAAAAGAGAUGAAGAAAAAAGACCUAUACAAAUCAAUAGUGUGGCCUUUUCAUUCUCAAGACUUAAGAUGACAUGAUGGGAGAGUGAUACCUUAUCAGUGCCUGAACUUGUAUUUUCAUUUAAGACCGUUUCAUUUGGUGAACCAUAUCAUUUCAUUUAUCAUGGAGAUUAAAGAGGUACUUGUUCAUUCCCCCACCCUCCCUUCUCCUAAUGCUUUUUUCAAUUUUCAGGAAGAAGUUUAAAUGGUAUAAAGAGAUUUUCUUUCAGUGUAUCUAGUUAAAUAAAUAAAUGUUAUGUAGAUCUUGUUUAGUUUUUAUUCCCCUUUUUUUCUAAUUAUUCAACUGGAUUAUAUUGUCCAAACUGCUGUUUUAGUUAAGGUCAUGGGUCCAGGUCAUGAGUUUUCUUUCUAUCUGCCCUAUAUUGCCCCUUCGCUUGACAUUACAGGGUUCAAGAGAUGCUGCUUUUGGCUCUGAUUGUCUGCUUUUGAUGCACAUUAACAUGUUUCAGUGUAUGUGUUGCUUCAAUUUCAAUGUAGGGAGUGAAUUUUAUUUUCCGUCGUAGCUGGAACCUCAAAUGACUUGGAGCAUUUUACAUUUCUGUACAUCAGAGUGCAAGCCCUUUGCUGCAGUGACUUUCAGUAUAUUUAGUCUCCAGUGACUAUCUUCACCUCUUCCAGCUCUUUGAUGCCGUUGACAGUGACUUUUUUUUUUGAGAAGUUCUAAUCACUUCUUUCAAAAAGUUGUAUUUGAAGUUUUUUCUUUUUAUUAUUUCAAGAUCAAUUAUUGUACUGAAUAUUUCCGAUUUUGUUCCAAGGGGGGAAUCUGACUUGAUGUCAUUUAGUAUUCUGUGAGCAUACCAUUAGCCUACAAGCCACAUACUCAAAUUAUUGGUUUGGGGGGGGGAACCUUAUUUCUUAACACAAGUCUUGACGAUAGACACAGUUUGAAAUCUGCAGAAAAGCAAGCCGACCACUGCAGGAGCACAUGAUGUCAACUGAAAAUUACAUUAUUAUGAUGAUAAAUGUUAAGUUGACGGGCUUGAAAUUGUUUUGGUAUAAGAAAGCAGUAAUAAAACACUUGCUUUCAACAGUUUUGUCAUAUCUUUGUUUAACUAAAAAGGGGGAGACUAUUGAGUGUUAAUACAUUCACAGGUACAGAGCCUGACAUCUUGGGAGUGAGGACACUGUUGACUCCUGCAGGGUCCUCAGUGUCUCACUCAAUCUCUCUCUCUCUUUUUUUAUAUAUAUAAAUAUAUAUAGUUGAGAACUGUCCUGUAUAUAACAGUAAUGUAGCAAUAAAUGUGCCAUUUUUAAUAACAGAUUAUACCUUUUCCAAUGUCUGGCUUUUGAAUAUUGUAUACAUAAAAAGGAAAAUAAAGGAAAACAUUGUAAUAAAGGGUUUAUUGUAGUUCGGAAAAUGAAUUUGUUCAUAUUUGCAAUUGUCAAUAGCCGGUUGGGGAUCACACAUGCGUUUGUGAUUCAUGAUUACGCAACCCAAGGCACCACAUUAAAUUCAAGACAGUACCGCAAUAUUACAGCUACAUGGUUGCCCAACACGGGACACAGUCUUAAAAAAAAACAACAACUCUGUUGUAAGCGGAGACCUUUUUGAAGUGGUGGCCUGAAAUGAACCGUAACUGUUGCAGUCGGUCAGUUUUGUUAUUUUUAACAGGCUUAAAAGAAGGCACCCCAGUGGUCCUUCACGGCCAUCGGCGCGAGAAUACUGUGCGACGAGUAAAGAACUACAACUGAGAGAAGGUCAGGAUGGUCCAGAAAAUACUAAAUAAACUCGUCGGCCUCAAGUAUAUUAGUAUUUUAAGGACGUGGGUGCCAAAUAUGGCUGCAUGGGGAACAGUUGGUGGAGUGGCGGUCAUUCACUUUACAGACUGGCGAUUGGUUCUGGACUAUGUGCCAUACAUUAAAGGGAAGUUCACCACGGAUGAGUAAAGUCCCACGCAACUAAAUUGACCAGAGCUUGGGAAUGGGCACAUCAUGGGUGGAUCGCUUACACGAUGCCCCGGCUCAACAAUCGGUCGCCGGGGGGCUUGUUAGGAGUUUGGACGACAAACCACACUCUGUAUAAAUGCUGCUUUUGAUCCAGUGUUCUUUAAUGUGAAUAAAUCUUUAAUUUCCCCAAAUGCGUCCACUUAUUCUGCAAACUGUGAAAUUGUUUUGUCCCGAUUGCUUGACGGUGAGAGUAUUUUUGUAUUUGGUGGUUGGUGCUAAAAAUAAAAUUUAAAAAAAGAUA